AGAGUUUGUAAGCGAACAGCAUGGAUCCUGAUCAGACUGCGCGGAUGCGCAGGCUGGUCUGGAUCCAUGCUGGUCGCAAACCCACUAUGUUGGUUUUGUCAUGACGCGGCAUAUUUAUAUUUGCAUUUUAUGAAUCCGUUCAAAUAGUUGUUAAUAUUAUAGAAAUAAAUGGACAAUAUACAAUGUACGUCUUUGUUUAUUCUUAUUUAAUCAAUAUCUCUCGGAUCUAAACAAAGAUAACAAUUUUGAUAGAUUUGUGAAUAUAAAGACUAUCUACCAUAUCAAUCUCAUCAUUUAAUUGCUUAUUGCCAAGAUAUUGAUCUGUUCUUCUUAUAUUUAAUUGAUAUCGAUUACACCGGGUCAAGCUUGGUGUUAAAUUUGAACGUUUAUUUUAACGUGCAACAUAUGUUAAAGUGCUUUCUGGGAUAGAUAUAAGAAAAAGGCUUGAUUUCAAAAAUUAAAAUGGUUGACCAUUUCAACGAAGAAGAUAUAUCUUAUAUGUUUGAAGUGUUCCGACAAUACGACACAGAUCGUAAUGGACAAAUAAAGAUAACGGACUUAUCUCAUGCCAUGCUUUCUCUAGGACAUAAUCCAACGUUAGCAGAACUGGACAAGCUGGUCAAUGCGAUCGAACGUCAAGAAGACCGGGAUUACCUGGAUUUCCCCGAGUUUCUAACAGUGUUAGCGUUCCAUCUACAAGAGACAGAACCGGAAGAACAGCUAAGGGAAGCUUUUAAAGUGUUUGAUAAAGACGGUAAUGGUAAACUGAACGCUAACGAGUUAAAACAAUCAAUGACGAACCUUGGGGAGAGACUAAGUAAAGAGGACAUAGAAUACAUGAUCAAGAUGGCCGAUGUGACUGGAGAUGGAAAUGUGAAUUAUGAAGAAUUCAUACGAGUAAUGACGAGUAAAUAACAAACUGAGCGCACGUGAGUGACAUUAAUUGAAUGGAUUUGAAGAAUAUAUGC